AUGCAUACACACACCCAUGUAUACACGCGCACCUACCUAUGCACACACCUAUACCUAUGUAUACACACACACACACCGAUGUAUAUACGCAUAUACACACAUAUCUGUACACACAGCCAUACACAUACCCCCAUACACAUAUCCAUACACAUACACCUCUGCAUACACACACAUACACACACACACCCUUACAUACACCUGUACACACCCAGACUGCCUGUUGUGCCAGGAAGUCACCUCCCUCAAGUUGGAGCCGAAGGCCUGUUCACUGUGGCCGGACAGUCCACUGUGAACGUCUCCCCCCAGCCCACCACAGGUUAA